UGCACGUACAUCAAGGAUAAAACUUGCAAACCGGCGCUUUCUAAUGCUAUUUUCAGCACAAUAGCUUUCUUGCUGGGUGCAGUUACGUCAGUGGCUUCUGGCUUUCUUGGGAUGAAAAUUGCAACUUUUGCAAAUGCACGGACAACUUUAGAAGCAAGGAAGGGUGUUGGGAAAGCUUUUAUCACUGCAUUCAGAUCUGGUUCUGUGAUGGGCUUCUUACUGGCUGCAAAUGGACUUUUUGUAUUAUAUCUUUCGAUUAAUCUGUUCAAAUUGUACUAUGGUGAUGACUGGGAAGGGCUUUUUGAGGCAAUUACUGGAUAUGGACUUGGUGGGUCUUCAAUGGCUCUCUUUGGUAGAGUAGGAGGUGGUAUUUAUACAAAAGCUGCUGAUGUUGGUGCUGAUCUUGUUGGUAAAGUUGAGAGGAACAUUCCAGAA